UGUACCAUGUGAUGAUUCUCAUCACUGGUCAUAUAAAUGUAGAGUAGUUUCAAAGUGCCACGUCAAAUCAAAAGUAUAUACAUAAAUACAAUUAUCAUUAUGGCAUUGCAGGUAUACGAAUUUCACGUAGAAAUGGAAUGCGAUGGAUGUUCUAAGGCUAUAAGAAACGUCCUCGCUAAGAAAGAAGGUAUUGAUAAUAUACAGAUUGAUUUAGCAGGCAAGAAACUACUGGUAACAACUACACUUUCUUCCGACGAAAUAUUAAAUGUUAUUAAAACAACUGGAAAGGCAUGUAAAUUUUUAGGAGUAAAAGAGUAAUUGUUUUUUUAAAUUAAGUUAAAUAUAUCAUGCAUAUAAGAAUGAUAUGACUUUUUAAAUUACAUUAUUCUUCCAAUAUUAUUUAAUUAAAUGUUUAACAUUGACAAAA